AUGGGAUCUUACGAUCGGUUUAGGGCUCUUCAUCGUCACACAAUCGAGUUGAGGAAAGAUAUGGCCGCCUGUGAGAAUGCAUUGAUGGAAGCAGAGCAAGAUUCGUUGGACUGUGGAGCAGCUUCCCGUGAGGCCGAUAGAGAGAUGGCGGAAUGCAUAGAGCGCCUGAAAGAAACCUCUGCGAAGAUGGGAGAAAAGUGGGAAGUGGUGAAAGGAUUCUUGUACUUAGCACAUACCGGAUGGUACUGGAAAGCUCGGUCUGACCGGCUUACAAAAAUGCACCGCCGCCAUUCGUAUGCUGCAUAUGGCAAUGCAGCUGAUGCAGUCGAUGAAUACCUCAGACUAGGAGCGAGCACUGCGCUGAAAUGCUUGCAUAAAUUUACCAACGCAAUCAUCGUUUUUACGAGGAGGACUAUCUCAGAAGGCCUACACCAGCAGAUCUUAAACGAUUACUCAAGGUUGGAGAGACGCGUGGAUUUCCUGGCUCAAUAG